AAUUACAAAGAAAAACACUUUAAAAAUGAAAUCCAAGAAAAACCCGACAAUUGCCCUACGCCGCCUCUUGUCUAGUGGUGUUUAAGCCUCUCUCUCUCGAUCCAAUCGUCAAUUUUCGAAAGUCAAAAAGCUCAACCUUUCGGGUCUUCCAAUGGAUUCCGAUUUCUGGACGUCUCGUCUCGCCGCUGCAAAACGCCAAUAUAAUGUGCAGCACCGCCAUCAGACCUCUCAUUUAGAUCGUUUGAGCAUCGAUGAUUUUGAGGUAGACGAUGAAGUUCGACCCGAUUUCCCAUGUCCGUACUGUUACGAGGAUUUCGAUAUUGCGUCUCUGUGUUCGCAUCUCGAAGAUGAUCAUCCCUGCGAAUCAAAAGUUACGAUUUGUCCGGUCUGCUACGUCAAAGUCGCCGGAGACAUGCUAAGUCAUAUAACGCUGCAACACGGGAAUUUAUUCAAGUUGCAGAGACGUCGCAGGCUACGUAGGCUUGCGAUUCCGAGCAUUCAGGCGCUGUCACUCCUCGGCAGGGAUCUCCGAGAAGCGCAUUUGCAAGUACUUCUAGGUGGUGGUGCGCAUAGGCCAAGCAGUGUCAAUGCGUCAUGUGCCACCACUGAUUCGUUCCUUUCAUCGAUCAUCAUGAAUUUCCCUGCAUCUGAAACCGAAGAAAUUACGAAAUCUGUCGCGACUAGUUUCGAAGAUACAACGGCAAAGAAUGCGGCACCGGCACACAUGUGGAAAUCAAGUUUCGAUCCAUCGUUAAGUAACAAAGAACGUGAAAAACGGAUACAGCAGGCCACGGGGAGAGCCGGAUUCGUGCAAGAUCUGGUGCUGACAACUCUUUUAAAAGAGUGAGUGAAAUGAGAAACUAAUGUAGUAAUUGAAACGUUGUGGAGAGGCAUUUCUGGGUAAGGAUUGAAACAAGUUGAUAUGGUUUGAAUCAAAACCCCAUGCAUUAGUAAUGAGCAUGUUGAAGCUUCAUCACAAG